CGCGCUUAGUGGAACCUGCGAGGACUGUCGCGCGUGGGGGCUGUAGCGCCCGUGUAAUUUAUCCACACGCAGCUCCCCGGUAUUUCGGGCAUCCCGCUACUUGCUGGCACUAGAGGAGCAACAGAUACCCCGUUGUGAAGCCGGUGUGCGGGUUGCUUUGUUUACUCCAGCACAUGUAUGUUUGGGUGUAGCAUCCAUACAUAGUGACGGGACACUCCGGGGAGGAAGCCACACCAGGGGAACUUCACUUCAAAAGCCACCACCUGUCGUGGGUGUCAGGGAAGGCUUGGCUGUUCUUCUGAUAACCAUGUGCCAACUUUGGUAUAGAGAGUACCUGGUACGUGGGUGGCACGGGCAGCGGCUGGCACCGGAUCUGGGGAGCGUGGCGUGGGCUGGCUCUCUGACACUUUAAGCAUGCACUUCUCAGGGAACAAAGCAGCGUGCCGGUAGCACCUCUCACUAACAAUAGACUAACCGACAGCAGCACCAUUCUGUCACUGUAACACGAAUGUAGCAUGAAGCCUGUGUGACAGCGGUCAUGGCUUCGUGUGAUGUGUGGCUGUAAGACAGUUCUCCCCGAGCUCUUUGUUCUCCCAUCAAGCUCCUGACUGUCUUGAUAUCAUGUAGGGGAAAGGCCUGGACCCAGUCUCCCACAAUGGAGGUGAGAUCCAUGCAGUGUUCAGACCCUUUGCCCCUUGACCUCCCAGGCCUGUGUUCUGAGAUGCUAGGGGUGGCAGAGGAGGCUUUCAGAGCAGGAAAUUUUGAUCUGGCGGCAGAGAUAUAUGGCUCUCAACUGGAUGAACUCCCCCAGCCCGAGAGGUCUCUUUAUCUUCGUAAAGGGGAUGCCUUGGCUCUGGCUGGCCGAAUUGCAGAUGCCUUGGACUCUUACACAAAAGCGGCGAUGUUGGGCCAGCUUCACCCAGGAGAUCUUGAAGUGUUGGUAGGUAGCAUUGCUCUAAAUAUCAGAGAGAAAGAGCUUAAAUUACCAGGCUUUAAAGUGAAGGGGGACCAUGAUAACCCUAACGAACAUUACCGGGAAGCACUAUGCCCCUACAACUCCAAUACCCAAGAAGUUCCAUGUGGAUUAUCCCUAGGCACGGACUUAUUCUCAUGCCCUAUGUGCAAUUUGCUGCUCCUGGACCCUGUUACCUUAAACUGUGGACAUACUUUCUGUAAGAGAUGCUUGUGUGAAAAAGAGCCACUGGACUGCAGCUGCUGCCGUAGCAGAUGUAACAAUAUGGUUCAGGGGCUUACAACAUCGUGCGAAGGAUUGAAGGUGAAUGUGGUGUUGUGUAACCUGCUGGAGAAAUGGCUUGGUGCUGGGACCAGGAUAAGAAGGUUGUCUUUGGAAGGGGAUAACUUGAGACAGGAGAAGAAUUUUGUUGGGGCAUUGGAGAAAUUCAACACAGCCUUGGAAUUGGCACCUUGUGACUCCCUACUUAUCGUACAACGAGCAGAACUUCACUCCGCUAUGAAAAACUUCAAACAAGCCUUGUAUGAUGCAGACACUGUGUGCAAAAAACAUCCACUCUGGCCUAAGGGACAUUACGUGAAAGCACAAGCUCUUUCUGGACUCGGAAGAACGGAUGAUGCGUUGAAGGAGUUUCUGUAUUGUGUUGCCUUAAACCCCGAAUGGAGUUCAAUGAAGAUUGAAGCACAAAAGAUUAUGUGUGACAUGCUGUGCCCUGCAUUUGAAAAUGUCCAGGCUAGUCUAGGAACUCCAUUCUGUUUUCCAGCAUCUUAUACAAGGCUGAAAUCAACCUUCCUAAACAGCACCAGCAGUUCACCAUCUGUGGAAGAUGUCCCUCCGGCAGGAUGUUCAAAGGACUCCCUUUUCAGAUUAACCAAAGCAUCUCUCCUGGAAUCUGAUGUGCUUCAAUCUAAAGAUUUCCUGGACCUGCCAGCUAAAAAGUCACAGAAGUUUCUCUCCUGUCUUCCUGGUGCUGGACACAAGAGAAAACAUACCAACUCAUCAGAGGAACUUCAAAGUCUAGAAAACCCUGCCAAGAUUAUAAAGAAAGCAGAUGCUGAGUCUGCUUGUGAACCUUCUGCCACGAUGCCUAGAAUCAGUGAGGUUCCUGUAGCUCUUGUGGAUGCAUCAGACUUUGAGUGUUCCCUCUGCAUGAGGCUGUUUUAUGAGCCUGUAACCACUCCUUGUGGACACACAUUCUGCCUCAAAUGCCUUGAAAGAUGCUUGGACCACAACCCACAUUGUCCACUCUGUAAAGAAAAUCUAUCACCCUACCUGGCCAACAGAGCUUACAAAAAGACGCAGCUAACGGAGGAGUUGAUAACACGGUACCUGCAGGAGGAGCACAGUGAUCGAAAGAGAAUAUACGAUGAGGAAAUGAAGGAGUUAUCAAACUUGAAUAAGGAUGUUCCCAUAUUUGUGUGCACAAUGGCCUUUCCUACCAUUCCAUGUCCACUUCAUGUAUUCGAGCCCCGCUAUCGCCUGAUGAUCAGGAGGAGCAUGGAAACUGGCACCAAACAAUUUGGCAUGUGCAUUGCUGAUGAGUUAAAAGGGUUUGCAGAUUAUGGGUGUAUGUUGCAUGUCAGAGAUGUAAAGUUUUUCCCUGAUGGUCGUUCAGUGGUUGACACUGUUGGCUUGAGUCGAUUUAAGGUUCUUAGCCAUGGACAGAGAGAUGGUUACCAUACUGCAAAUAUAGAAUAUCUAGAAGACAAGAAGGUGGAGGGCCAGGAAUACGAAGAGCUACUUGUGCUUCACAACUCUGUGUAUGAUCAAGCUCUCCUGUGGUUUACCUCCCUUAAGGACAAUCUGAAAGCACAAAUUCUUAACCAUUUUGGUCCAAUGCCAAGCAAGGAAUCUGAGCUGCAGAGCAAUCCAAGUGGUCCAGCCUGGUGCUGGUGGAUGCUUGCAGUCUUGCCGCUCGAAAACAAGGCACAGUUGACAAUCCUGGCCAUGACGUCCUUGAAAGAUCGCCUACUAGCAAUUAGACGUGUCUUAAUAUUUGUCACCCGUCCUAUUGGCAUCAGACCUAAGGAACAACAAAUUGUUGGCUGGAAAAGUUGUCAAGAAGAGUUGGGACCAUGUUGAGGGCCCAAAGAGAGAGCAUUCUUGUGGAGUGGAGGGCCCUUGAGGUUGCAACUGGAAGUGUCGUCUUGACCCAUGCAUAUGGCACCUUCCAAAUCAAAGUAUUAGACUGACGUAAAUAGCCCUU